UAUGGGAGGGAGAGCGGCAGAGGCUGCCGGGCAGCAGGGGCGAGAGCAGAGGACAAGGGCCGGCGGGGGCUCUGAGCCAGGAGCCCAGACAGAGGACAGAGGCUGGGCAGGCAAAUGUGGCUGCAGAUGGGAUGACGAGGGGAAGACUGUCGGCACAGCCUCUCCAGGGAAAUACCUUUGACAUUCUGCUGGGGACAAGAGGAGACAACCCAAGGCCAGCCCCGCACCACCCCCACACCCCUAUGUGGCACUGGGAGAAGCUGUGCUGGCCCCUGAGCCGCAGGAGGUAGCAGAGGACAGGAUGGGAGGGGGCCUGGGACGUGGGUGGAGCCAAUGGAAAAUCCCCCCUGGCCACCGCCACUGAGGGGCUCUCGGUGUUGGCAUCUCUGACCAGAAUAGAAUGCUCGCACCCAAAGGCACGAACAAGCCUUGGCCUUGGGGAGCUGAGCUGCCUCACCUGGCUCAGCUCUCUAUGGGUUGCAAGCCCCGGCCCUGAGCCCCCGCCUGCUACGUGACAGCUUGGAAGCCUGCGAGUUCCAGCUGGGCGCCUGCGGGCGACUCCCCCCACCCCGGCUGUCAGGUGAGCUCCCCCUGCAGCACCGCCCCCAAGGGCCCCCACACCUUCCACCCCACGGGACACAGAGUCCAUCAGCACAGACGCAGGCAGAGGUCGGGGCAUGAUGGAGCGGGCUGCAGGAGGCCGGGGCUGCCCGCUGGUGCGCCAGCUCUGGACGGCCAUCAGCAAGGCCGUGUUCGCAGAGUUCCUGGCCACGGGGCUCUACGUGUUCUUCGGCGUGGGCUCCGCCAUGCGCUGGCCCUCGGCGCUUCCCUCCGUGCUGCAGAUCGCCAUCACCUUCAACCUGGCCACGGCCAUGGCUGUGCAGGUCACCUGGAAGGCCAGCGGGGCCCACGUCAACCCUGCCGUGACUCUGGCCUUCCUCGUGGGCUCCCAGAUCUCCCUGCCCCGCGCCCUUGUCUACAUAGCGGCCCAGCUGGCAGGGGCCACGGCCGGAGCAGCUCUGCUGUACGGGGUCACGCCGGGGGAUGUCCGGGAAACCCUCGGGGUCAAUGUGGUGCGCAGCAGCGUGUCGAGCGGCCAGGCGGUGGCUGUGGAGCUGGUGCUGACCCUGCAGCUUGUGCUCUGCGUCUUCGCGUCAACCGACAGUCGCCAAGCCUCAGGCUCCCCGGCUGCCAUGAUUGGAAUCUCCGUGGCGCUGGGCCACCUCAUCGGGAUCUACUUCACUGGCUGCUCCAUGAACCCUGCCCGCUCCUUCGGCCCCGCUGUCAUUGUUGGGAAGUUCGCUGUCCACUGGAUCUUCUGGGUGGGACCCCUGGCCGGCGCCAUCCUGGCUUCGCUAAUCUACAACUUUAUACUGUUCCCUGAUGCUAAAACUCUGGCCCAGCGACUGGCCAUCUUCACGGGCACUGCCAAGGAGGAGCAAGUGGGAGGGGUGGAACCCCAGAAGAAAGACCCCGCGACUAUUUCAGAGGACGCCGAGAUGGAGAGUGCGUGUCAGAUGGCAUAG